AUGGAAUGUUUAAUUAAGAGGGUUAAACAUAUUUUCCAAAGCUCAAUUCAAAAAUGUUUCCCAUCAAUAAAUGAAGAAGCAGUUGUUACAUAUGCUAACAUGAAAUUUGGGCAUUUCCAAUGUAACAAUGCCAUAAAUAUUUUCAAAAAAUAUGGAAAGGAACUAAAUUUCGAAAAUGCUCAUAAAAUAUCAUUAUCAAUAAUAGAGAAUAUAAAUGAAAGUUUGUUCGAAGAUAUAAAUGCGUCACCCCAAGGUUUUAUAACAGUAAAGAUAUCAAGAAAUUAUAUUGAAAAAUCAUUAUUAAAGUUAUAUGAAAAUAACAAAAUAAAUAUAAAUGUAGAUAUGAAUGAAAUUAAUGAUGGAAAUAAUGCAAAAUUUGAAAAUGUGCUGGUUGAUUUUUCUUCACCAAAUAUUGCAAAAGAAAUGCAUGUUGGCCAUUUAAGAUCAACCAUAUUAGGAGAUACUAUUUCCAAAGUAUUUGAAUUUUUAAAAGUAAAAACACAUAGAGUCAAUCAUGUUGGUGAUUGGGGAACACAAUUUGGUAUGAUUAUAAAUUAUGUAAUUACAAACUAUCCAAAUUAUAAAGAGGAGAUGCCAGAAUUAAAUAACUUAACCCUUUUAUAUCAAGAAGCAAAAAAAUGUUAUGAUAAUGAUAAGGAUUUUGAAAUAAAAUCAAAAGAAUAUGCAAUAAAAUUACAAGAAUACGAUGAAGAUUGCAAAUAUAUUUGGACUAAAAUAUGUGAAGCUAGUAAAAAAGAAUUUAACAAAAUAUAUAAAAUAUUAGAUAUUAAAUUAGACUACUUUGGUGAAUCUUUUUAUAUUCCAAAGAUACCAAGUACAUUACAAAUUUUAAAAGAUAAGAAUAUAUUAACAAAUAUUGGCGAUGCUUUAUGUUAUCAAUCUGAAAAAUAUCCUGUCCCAUUAUUUUUACAAAAAUCAAAUGGUGGAUAUGGUUAUGACUCGACUGAUAUAGCAGCCUUAUAUUAUAGGUUAAAAGUAUUAGAUGUAGACUCUAUUAUUUAUGUUACUGAUAAUGGACAAUUAUCCCAUUUUGAAACAUUAUUUGAAUUAUGCAAAAAAGCAGAAUGGGUUAAUGAUGGUGUGAAAUUUAUUCAUGUUGGGUUUGGCUUAGUUUUAAAUUCAGAUAAUAAGAAAUUUAAAACAAGAAGCGGAACAAAUAUAAAGUUAAUCAAUUUGAUCAAUGAGGGCACUGAAAGAGCAAAGAAGGAUUUAGUGGAGAGAAUCAAGUUAAAAAGCGAUGCCGAAAAAAGUUAUUUCGAAGGUAUCGAUUUAGAUAAGUUGAGUCAAGAUAUAUGCAUAAGUGCCAUAAAAUAUUUUGAUAUUAAACAGCAUAGAAAUACAGAUUACAAGUUUUCCUAUGAAAACAUGUUAAACAUAAAAGGAAAUACCGGGCUUUAUAUAAUAUACGCAUACUCGCGAAUAUGUUCAAUUUUCAGAAAAUCAGACAUAAAUAUUGAAGAAUUAGUGCCAGAUGAAUUAAAAUUAACUAAUCAGUACGAAAUCAACUUAGGAUUACACAUUUUAAAAUUCCCCGAUGUUUUUUAUUUUAUCUUAAAAAAUAUGCUAACACAUAAACUAGCCGAAUAUACCUAUGAUUUAACAACAACCUUUACCCUCUUCUACGAAAAUUGCAAAGUGCUAAAUAGUGAAAAUACGAAAUCGAGACUAAUUUUAUGUGCCAUAACAAAAUCAUUGUUGCAUAUUUGUUUGGAAUUGUUAGGUAUGAAAACAAUUGAAAAGUUAUAA